AUGGAAAUUGAUUCAUCUCCACUCCGGCUGAACGAGAGCGAGGUUGUUGUCGGUGCGAAGCAAGUGAGUCGGAACAAUUCACGUGGGGUUCGUGUUGUUGGAAGCCGAAUCUAUGAUUCUGAAAAUGGCAAAUCUUGUCAUCAGUGCCGUCAAAAAACAAUGGAUUUUUCUGCUUCAUGUAAGAAUCCAAAGAAUGGGAAGCCUUGUACCAUUAGGUUUUGCCACAAGUGCCUUUUGAACAGAUAUGGGGAAAAGGCAGAAGAAGUAGAUCUAUUGAGUGAUUGGAUGUGUCCAAAGUGCAAAGGCAGUUGCAACUGCAGUAUUUGCAUGAAAAGAAAAGGUCAACAACCAACUGGUUUACUAGUUUAUACUGCCAAAGCAUCUGGUUUUAAGUCCGUGUCAGAGAUGCUCAGCAAGAAGGCUUCCCGUGGUUUGGAUAAGGAGCUUGUAGUGGAUCUAUUUGAGGAACCAGGGAAGGAAAACCCAAUAGGUGAAAACAAAAGUUUAAAGGUUGAAGAGGAGAAAACCAAGAAGUUGAAGCAGAAAAAGGUUAAGGAAAUAUCUAAUGCCAACAAUGUUGAUGAUGCUUCCCAAAACAAAAUAUUGAAAAAACAUAAACAUUGUAAGGGAGUUUCAGACAAUGCCAUUAAAAUAAAUGAAAAUGCUGAAAUGGACACAAAAAAAGAGGGGUUUGUAGUGGACCUAUUUGAGGAACCAGAGAAGGAAAACUCACUAGGUAGAAACAAGGUUGAAAAUGAGAAAACCAAGAAAAUGAAGCGAAGAAAAUUAAAAGAAAUAUCUAAUGGCAACAGUGUUGAUGCUGCUUGUCAAACGAAGACAUUGAAAAGGAAACGUUGUAAUGGAGUUCCUGAAGAUGAAGUAAAAAGAAAUGAAAAUGCUGAUAUUGAAACAAAAAUAGAGGAGCAUUUAGUGGAUCUAUCUGGGGAGGCACAACAGAAAAACUCCUUAGGUGAAAACAAAGGUUUAAAAGUUGAAAAUGCAAAAACCAAGAAAAUGAAGCAGAAAAAGUUAAAUGGAAUAUCUAAUGGCAACAAUGGUGAGGAUGCUUGCCAAAAAAAGAUACUGAAAAGGCCUAAACAUUGUCAUGGAGUUUCGGAUGUUGAAGUCAAAAGAAAUGAAAAUGCUGAAAUGGAAACAAAAGUAGAGGGGCUUAUAGUGGAUCUAUCUGGGGAGGCACAACAGAAAAACUCAUUAGGUGAAAACAAAGGUUUAAACGUUGAAAAUGUGAAAACCAAGAAAAUGAAGCAGAAAAAGUUAAGUGAUCUAUCUAAUGGCAACAAUGUUGAGGGGGUUUGUCAGGAAAAGUUAUUGAAAAAGCCUAAUUGUAAUGGAGUUUUAGAUGGUGAUGUCAAAAGAAAUGAAAAUGCUGAAAUGGAAACAAAAAUUGAGGUGAGUCAUGAUGUGAUUCAUGUUCAGUUGGAUGGUCCUCUUGUGGAUGAAGGUGACAAUGCUGGUGCCAAGUCUAAAACAAAUGCUAUCAUUUUGCAAUCACAAAAAAUUAAAGAAGAGAUUCCUUUGCCCCUUGGCACUGAGAUGACAAAAAUAUUGGACAUUGAGUUUGCACUAGAAGAUGUUGGGAAUGCAUUGCAGUUUUUGGAAUUCUGCAGAGUGUUUGGAAAGGCUCUUGAUCUUAAGAAAGGAGAAGCAGGAGCUAUUUUAAGAACCUUGAUACGUAAGCGAAAUUUGCGAUGUGGACAAAACACCUUAGUGGUUGAGUUCCAAAUCAAACUAUUGACUCUUAUAGCAUCUGAAUCAGACAUUGAGUCUUCAUCCUUAACUGCUGGUGAUGGAAAACGUUCAUGGUUGAUAGUUUUGAAGGAUUUAAUUACUGAAACCGGGCUAAAAGAAUUUCCGCUGGAUUUGCUUAAUAAAGGCAUUAGUGGAUAUAACGAUUUGGACUUAUCUAAAAAGCUCAUCCUUCUAAAUUUUAUCUGUGAUGAAGCUCUGGGCACAAAGAAGCUAAGGAGUUAUAUUGAAGAUCAAAAUGCAAUAUUAGCUGAAGAAAAGAAAGCAGCAAGAUCAAAGGUUGCUGAAGCUAAGGAAAAAGAAAGAAGCCUUAAGCAGAAGUUGCAGGAUGAAAUGGCAAAAGCUAUUAUACAAAAUGGGGCUACCUUCUCAAUUUUAGAAUAUGAUGCUCUUCUGUCAAAAAUCAAAGGCGAAGCAGCUAAAGCACAUACUGAGCUUCUCGAGGUAAAGGGAACAAUCCCUAAAGGAAACCAAUGUUGUGAUGCAGUGAGAAUUGAGCCUGAGUACUUGGAUAACACUGGCAAGACUUUCUGGAAAUUUAGGAGCUGUAAUGAUGAAUAUGCUUUCUUGUUACGAGAUAUCAAGAUAGAGGGCGGAGAUUCUGCUGUUAAAGUUGAUGAAAAAUGGUUUGUUUAUGGAGAUGAACAGAAGGAUGUGGUCAAUAAGUACAUUUCCUCUAGGAGAAGUUGGUUUCCAAAGGUUGUUUCAGCAUAA